AUGGCGGCUACAGCGGAAGAGAUGACGACGCCGACGAAGGAAGGCACCAACCUAUUGGGGAAGCCGAAGUAUAAGAAACUCGAGAACGGGAGGUUCAGAUGCGUGCAGACUGGCCACGAGCUACUCGAGAAAGACAAGGAGGUCUAUUCACAUAGUAAACGGUGCCGUUUAGGGCUUAUCGAUCAUGCCUUAACCCACAACAAGCCUCCUCUUAACUUGUUCGAGCAAGAUCCCAGCUCCCGGGUUCUAGAUACCGGAGACAUCCUGAAAUUUUUCUUCUCGGGACUUUUCACCUUUCUAUCAAAAGUGCUAUGUAAGCUUACGGGUGAUAAAGUAAACAAGACUGAGGAACAUAUUUGGAAGCAUAUCAAUGGACGGCGCUUCCUCAACAAAUUAGAGGAGAAGGAACGAGAGAAAGAGUCUGGAUCUAUUCCAGAGGAAGGUGGAGUAACGCCGGUGAAGGAAAAUGGGGUAAAGGAAGAAAAGCAGAAGAAUAAAAAGAAGAAGAAGAAGAAAAACAGGAAUUCAGAUGAAAUGGAAAAGAAUGGAGAAGAUGAAUCUGAUGGAGUCGAAGAUGAAAUUGAUGAAGAUGUUGAGGCGCAGGAGCUGGACUUUUGGAUGCCACCAGAUGGAGAGAGGUGGGACUUUGAUGAUGGAGGAGAUCGAUGGGGAUCAGAUUCAGACUCGGAAGAGGAAAAGGAUGGGGAAGAAGAGCCAAUAGGCGAAGUCGAUGAAGGUGAGAAGAAUAGUUUGGAUGACUGCAUAAUAGAUGAAGUUGAUGAAGAUGGCAAUAAUGGUUCCGAUGAGACUCCUGCAAGUAAAAAGAGGAAAUCUGAAGAGCUCAGUUCCAAUGGCCUUCCUUCGAAGAAGAAAAAGAACAAGAAGAAGAAGAAGAAUGUCAACACAACAUCGUCAUAA